GCAGACGGCGGUUCCGGAGCCCGCGGCCCCCAUCCUGACCGAUUCCCUCCGAACCCGGUGUGUGCUAGACCCGGGCCCCCGCGUCGAUCGCGGGAGCUCGUCGGACCCGAGGAGGGGGAGGGGGUCGAGGAACCGGGCCCCUCUGGGAUCACGCGGCCCGGUAGCCUGGCUGCACUCUACACUCUGGCCCAUCUUGGUCAGGGAACAGUCUUCUCUGGGGAAAUCAUCCCUGUCUGGAGAAACAAAGCUGCCCCCAGGCUCUGGCUGAGAACUGCUUUCCCGGGCAUCCACAGCGCCGGCGAUUAUCUCUUGGGCUGGGCCUGCCAGGAUCUUGUGGCCAACAAGGCCUGGAAAGAAGAGUCAGGCUGUGGAGGGGAGGACUCAUCCGGCACAGCAUCUCCUUGAACUGAGAGGGACCCAAGGCAGACAGCCUCCUCCAUGGCAUACCGGCUGCAGAUGCGCCUCCUGACGUGGGAUGUGAAGGACACACUGCUCCAGCUCCGCCGCCCUGUGGGGGAGGAGUACGCAACCAAAGCCCGGGCCCAUGGGCUGGAGGUGGAGGCCACAGCCCUGGGACGAGCCUUUGGACAGGCAUACAAGGCUCAGAGUCACAACCUCCCCAACUACGGCCUGAGCCAUGGCCUCACCUCCCGCCAGUGGUGGCUGGAUGUGGUCCUACAGACCUUCCACCUGGCAGGGGUGCGGGAUGCCCAGGCUGUGGCCCCCAUUGCUGCACAGCUGUAUGAAGACUUCAGCAGCCCCUGCACCUGGCAGGUGUUAGAGGGAGCUGAGACCACCCUGAAGGGGUGCCGCAAGCGAGGUCUGAAGCUAGCCGUGGUCUCCAACUUUGACAGACGGCUUGAGGAUAUCCUGGUGGGUCUUGGCCUGCGGGAACACUUUGACUUUGUGUUGACUUCUGAGGCUACUGGAUGGCCCAAACCAGACCCCCGCAUUUUCCAUGAAGCCUUGCGGCUUGCUCGCAUGGAGCCAGCAGUGGCCGCCCACAUUGGGGACAGUUACCACUGUGAUUACCAGGGGGCCCGGGCUGCAGGCAUGCACAGCUUCCUGGUGGCUGGUCCAGCGCCUCUGGACCCUGCGAUCAGGGAUUCGGUGCCUGAAGAACAUAUUCUUCCCUCACUGUCCCAUCUCCUACCUGCCCUUGGCCGUCUGGAGGGCUCAGGGCCUGGACUAUGAGGGAAGUAGCUCAGUGUCAAUGAACAACCGAGACAGGGAGCCCCUCCUUUCCUCCGCUCUGGACUGGCCUCCUCCCUCCUCCUUCAGCCUCCAUCUAUUUUGACCAUAAAACUGGGCUUUAGCUUUGCCCCACUAA